UUUAAGAACCGAAACUUCCUACUCCUUUCUUGCCUUUCGAGUUCCCUGUGUCUCUCUUUACAUAAUACAUCCAUCAUGCCAAUUAGAAAAAACGUUGAAACCCAAUUAGUGCUGGAAUUUCAUAAUAUUAAAAACGAAAAAGCUGGGGAAACAGUCUAACCCACACCAAAUGAGGACACAAGCGUUAUCAAUACUAGCAAUUUUUGUUAUUUUUCUCGCCCAUGUUUCGAUUGCUGCUUCAGAUCGAGCCCAAGAAACCUUCUUACAAUGUCUUUCCGACCAUUCUCAAUCCUCUCUAUCGAUCACUUCUGUCACCUAUUUCCCCAACAACUCUUCAUACACAGAUGUCUUGCAGUCCUAUAUUCGAAACCUCAGAUUCAUGUCUCCUGCAACCCCAAAACCACUGCUCAUCGUAACCCCCACCCAUGUUUCUCACAUCCAAGCAUCGAUAAUCUGUUCAAAAAUCCAUGGACUCGAAGUCAGGAUCCGUAGUGGUGGCCACGAUUAUGAUGGCCUUUCGUAUGUAUCAGAUUCCCCGUUCAUUAUCAUUGACAUGUUCAAUCUAAGAUCCAUAUCUGUCGACAUGAAAGAUGGAAGCGCUUGGGUGGAGUCCGGGGCAACACUCGGAGAGCUGUACUAUAGAAUAGCUGAGAAGAGCAAGAUCCAUGGCUUCCCGGCCGGAGUUUGCCCCACAGUUGCGGCUGGAGGCCAUUUCAGUGGAGGUGGUUACGGCAACAUGAUGAGAAAGUACGGCCUGUCGGUGGAUAAUGUCGUUGAUGCAAAAGUUGUCGAUGCUAAGGGUAGAGUUUUGGAUAGAGAAUCUAUGGGGGAAGAUCUUUUCUGGGCCAUUAGAGGAGGAGGUGGAGCCAGCUUCGGGGUCAUACUUUCCUGGAAAAUCAAGCUGGUUGGCGUCCCAGAAAUUGUCACGGUCUUUAGAGUUGAGAAAACCUUGGAACAAGGUGCUACCGAGAUUGUUCAUCAAUGGCAACAUGUUGCUGACAAGAUUGAUGAAGAUCUCUUUAUCAGAGUGGUGGUGCUACCUGUGAAUAGAAAGCAAUAUCAGACAAUAAAAGCUAAAUUGGUGGCUUUGUAUCUUGGAAAUUCAGAAGAUCUCAUUUCUGUUAUGGAUCAAAGUUUCCCUGAAUUGGGUAUACAAAGCCAGGACUGCAUCGAAAUGAACUGGAUUGAAUCGGUGCUCUUCUGGUCUAACUACAGAAACGGUACAUCCCUGGAUGUUCUGCUUGAGCGACAACCUCAAUCGGAAAAGUUCUUGAAGAAGAAAUCAGACUAUGUCCAAAACCCCAUUUCAAAAAAGGGUCUUGAAAGCAUAUGGAAGAAAAUGAUGGAUUUAAAGAAGCCAGUACUAACAUUCAAUCCCUAUGGGGGAAAAAUGAGUGAAAUUUCUGAGUUUGAAACGCCAUUUCCACACAGAGCAGGGAACAUGUACAAAAUCCAAUACUCAGUGAACUGGAAAGAGGAAGGUGUGGAGGCAUCAAAGCAAAACUUGGAUCGAAUAAGAGGGCUUUAUGAUUAUAUGACACCUUUUGUUUCAAAGUCACCAAGGGGAUCAUAUCUGAAUUAUAGAGAUGUUGAUUUGGGUACCAAUGGGGUUGGGAAUUCAAGCUACUCAGAAGCUAGUGCUUGGGGGACCAAGUAUUUUAAGGGAAAUUUCGACAGGUUAGUACAAGUGAAGACUUUGGUAGAUCCAGAUAACUUCUUUCGAUAUGAACAAAGCAUCCCUUCUUGCACCAUGGACAAGUGUACAGGUAGGAUAAAGCAAUUGCUUUGAACACCGUACCUCUGAUGAUCAGUAAUCAGUAUAGGAAAGAUGCAAAAAAUUGUGAUGUAAACAAGUACAUAUUUAUUGACAUUUCAAACUGAAAAAUCCAUAGUAAUGCUC